CAAAACCUUUAUAAUUCGCAGUUUAUAUAGAGUACCAAGACCAUUGUCCUGGAUAGUGCCGUAUUACUCUCUGGAUUUGUUAAUGUCUUUCUGUACAACUCAUACACUACUUUUCAUAUCUUUAAUGCUUCAACUAUUAGCUGUCCAAUCUUGAUUAAAUGCAACUUAUCUUAUCUUCCACCACCUCCCUUGAUUAGUCGACUUUUUCAUAAAACUAACAAAUAUGAUAUCUGGUUUUUCAAUCAUCUCAGCAACCACCUUCUUUCUUCUCUUUUUUCUACUUCCCUGUGGCAAUGCUGGUGCUGCAGGCAAUGCUGUCCUUGACACCAAUGGCCGCCCACUCCGAGCCAGAUCAAGGUAUUAUAUCGUUCCAGUGGCUCACGGCCAAGGUGGUGGUCUAACAAUGUUAUCCAAAAACACAACCUCGUUUUGUCCUCUGUAUGUUGUCCAGGAAAUGUACCCUGGCCUUCCUGUAUGGUUUCUUCCCAACAACCCCAGACAACGCCUGGUUACUCUCUCCUCUGACCUCAACAUCCUCUUCAAUGCCAUCAGCAACUGCUUGCAAUCCGUCGGGUGGCAGUUAACCGUUGAUCACACCACAGGGAGGAAGUACGUUGCAACUGGGGGAGCCAUUGGAAAUCCUGGGGAAGAAACAGUGAGUAGUUGGUUUAACAUAGAGAAGGUUAGGACUAUUGGGAGAAGGGGUAAUGAAUCUGGUAAUCAUUAUAAGAUCGUGUUUUGUCCAAAUGUUUGUGAGUUUUGUAUGGUGAUGUGUGGAGAUGUGGGUGUUUUUGUUCAAGAAGAUGGAACUAGGUUGCUGGCUCUUACUGAUCGUCCUCUUCAUGUCAUGUUCAAGAAAGCAAAGGGUCGUUCAUUAUCGUCGUGAGUUGAUUCUUUUUUGUUUUCAGUUUUUUUAGAAAAAUAAAAGCAAGAUUGUUGGUUCGUCCUGGCGGAUUCGUCAUACUCCGUAGAUCCUUUAGCUAAAGCGGAAUAGGAUGAAAUUAAGUGGCUUCGCUAAUGGCAACUACUCCGAAUGUCGCUAGGAAACUACCCUGAAUAUAGCUACGAUACGUCCGUAUAUCAAAAUAUAUGUUUGAGAUAUUAUAAGGUAUCUUUAGACAUCAAAAUAUUUGAUUUAAACAUA